AUGACAAGUGGUGUUCUCGUUGGCUACUCCAUAGCAAAAUACUAUCCCACGAGUGAGAAGACUCCAGUGCAUAGCUCCGCAGGAAAAUCAUCCGCGCCCUCUUACAGUAGCGGGUGGUGGCCCGUCGUAGCCCGUGGUAGGUCCGUGGUGGUCUGUUCUCCCGAUUCCGUCUUCGUACAGCAGUCCCUUCUACCCCAAUGGCUCCGCUCCUGCGAACAGUUCCCGCCCGAUGCCGACAUGGCAACCGACAUCAACCUCGGUUCGUCCUCCGUCCCCUGCUGCACGAGCGGUUCUCGAGGGAAGAAGGGGAGGGGAACUCCGGUCUUCUUUGCAUCCGGGCUCGACACGAAUGCCCCCGAUCGCGGCGGGUGUAAUCUGAUCUCGUACAACCUCAGCACCCAGUACUGCGACCGGGCUGCCGGUCACGAUUCCGAUGGUCCGGAUCGAAAGCUAAUGUCGCGGGGAAAGCCGGACUUGCUGAGCAUCCCUGCCUCUGGAACCUUGGCCCCGAUGGUCUAG